GUACCUAGGUACUUACUGUAGCUCACUCCCCGAGUUCCCUUUCCCCCACCGCUUCUUUCGGCUACCCCUGUCAGCGCCCCUGUCUAGAACCAGUCCUAACAGUGCUAGCUUCCCCAACCUGCCCACUCGCCACCCACCCUCCUCCGCCGCCGCCUCGCCGCCUCGGUGGAUCAGGCGAUAAAGUUCAAACCACACCCAGGUUCCCAGCUCCCAGGUCAGACCUGGUGUUUCCAAGAUAUUUAUUUGGUCCGGCACAUACCAAUUGGAAUGGCUCUGCACACCACUGCCUUUUCACACUGAAGAUACGUGGAACACUCAUAGCUGGUAGGAGCUGGAGCUGCCGCUGCCGCUGGACCAGCCAUGGCUCCCAGGACUUACCCGUCCAUGUCCAGGAGAGAGAUCGAGGGGCUCGUAGCCGAUGGCCGCAUGGUUUUCAUUCUCGAUCAGCAUGUCAUCAAGGCUGAUGCAUGGGCGCCAUAUCAUCCUGGCGGUGAUAAAGCCAUUCGCCACAUGAUCGGACGGGAUGCUACAGAUGAAGUGACUGCUCUCCAUUCCCGUGAAGCGAGAGAGCAGAUGAACCGGUACCGCAUUGGAAAGUUUGAAGGCAGAUGGUCCAACUUCACCCCGCCCAUCCAGGGAGGCAAGUUUAGACGGCUAUCCGAAACUGGCCCCGAGGGAAAGAUCGACAACGACCUAGAAUGUCCGACUACCUCUGCCGCCUCCACGGCCUCGUCGAGCGACUCGGAAUCUCGGCCUCCUUCUCCCGUUUUUGACGUCAAUGUGAAAGGAGCUCUUCGGAAGCGCCAUACUCCAGUGACCUCCUCAAGCGCGGCAUCAGUCUGUUCGAUCUCGUCUGUUGAGUCGGAAGAUAGAGGCAUGUCCUUCCUGAACACUCUAACCCACGAGAAAAUCGCCCUAGACUUGGACAAAUACCCACCUAUAGAUUCUGCAACGCAAGACAACAUCGUGACCAAAUACCGGGAACUGCACCAGCGUGUCAAAGACCAAGGCCUCUACCAAUGCAAUUACCUGGAUUAUGCUGUCGAAUGCUUUCGCUAUUCGCUGCUUGCUGUUACCUCGUUUUUAUUCCUUCGCUGGGGUUGGUAUGCUACCAGCGCUGCAUUCCUGGGGGCAUUAUGGCACCAGUUAGUCUUUACAGCUCAUGACGCCGGUCAUAUGGGCAUCACCCAUGACUUCCACACCGAUUCGGUCAUUGGCAUUAUCAUUGCCGACUUCUUGGGUGGUUUAUCUCUGGGCUGGUGGAAAAAAAACCAUAACGUUCACCAUGUUGUAACGAACGCACCGGAACAUGAUCCAGACAUCGAGCAUAUGCCAUUCCUGGCUGUUUCUCACCGUCUUUUCCAGUCUUUGCGCUCUACAUAUUACGACCAUGUAAUGGAGUACGACGCCGUAGCCAAAGUGUUUCUCCGGAUUCAACAUUACGCUUAUUAUAUCCUUCUCUCCUUUGGUCGCCUCAACCUCUACCGUCUCUCUUGGACCUAUUUAAUCCUUGGUCAAGGUCCCCGGAAAGGACCAGCCUGGUGGCACCGCCACUUGGAGAUUGUGGGCCAACUAUUCUUCUGGACUUGGUUCGGAUAUGGCAUUCUGUACAAGACCCUCCCUACCAAUUGGGAUAGGUUUGUCUUCUUUCUGAUUAGCCAUGUCGUUCCCAUGCCUGUACAUGCCCAGAUCUGCCUAUCACACUUUGCGAUGAGCACAUCUGACCUAGGCCCACACGAGUCCUUUCCGCAAAAGAUGCUUCGUACCACUAUGGACAUCGAUUGUCCAGCUUGGUUAGACUUCUUCCAUGGUGGGCUGCAGUUUCAAGUCAUCCAUCAUCUGUUCCCUCGAAUCCCGCGCCACAACCUUCGUCGGACCCAAAAACUGGUACAAGAAUUUUGCAAUGAUGUUGGCAUUCCUUAUGCGCUAUAUGGCUUCGUAGAUGGAAACAAGAUGGUUGUUGGGACACUAGCUGAAGUAUCAAGACAGGCUGCUAUCUUGGCAAAGUGUCAGGAGGUUAUCACUGCAGGCGGGGACCCUUUGCAUGAGCAUAGUCACUAAUUUAGUGAUAUAGAUGUGGCUUCUGCACAUAGAUGAUUGCAUUAUUCAGAAUUUUGCUUCUCAUGCAAGCAACCCUACUCAUGUCUGUUGUCAUAUAUGACAACUCAGCUCUUAGUUCCUUAAGCAUGUAUUAUUGGAUAAGGUGUAUCACCACGGGGAUGAGCAACAUUGUCCGAUAUGUUCAUAUGUGGGCAGUCAGAGAGUGUCGAGAAAGGGUUAGACCUGAUGACACAUGCUCCCUUACCUUUGUUAGGUCUAUCUAUACCUAGUACCUAGCGUGUAUUCGAAUCGAGAGGCGUGUACGUAGGUAGAUCUAUCUCAUGGCGUACAAGAUGCAAAUGAGCAUAUAACGUGUUCCGCCCAAUGUUACUAGCCUCACAUGUAAAGCUAUCGCAUUAGAACUUGUGAUGUCGCUAGAAAUCUACAUUUACAUAAUCCUUAAUUAUAAC